UACAAAUCUCAGACACACACACAAACACAUACACACAGACCAACUACUCUUUAUUUUUUUUAAAAAAAUAUAGUUUUAAACAUUAUAAACUCCGGCGACUAUAACCUCGCCGGAAAAUGAAUAUUCCGGCAAGUAAAUUUUACUCAUCAAAGCGUCUCUCGAAUGCGAAAGUUCCGGUCCAUCGUCGUCACAUUCUUCACGAAAAACAUUAAAACAAGUUAUUCUUUUCUUUUGUGAAACAAAACCAAAAAAGAAAAGGUAUCAAAGUUUUGUUUAAUUAUUAGUAACUUAAUUCAUAAUCCAACAAUACUUAACACGUAACGUGGUACUUUUGUUUAAUUUGGGGGUGUAUUUAGGCGAACGCUAAUUUUAAUAGCAGAUAUAUAGAUAUAAUUGUUGUAAGUAUGCAUUUCCAAAUGAAGGUUCAACCCAUAAGUUUCUUGGAAACAAGUGAGAAUUUUGAAACAACACCGGCUUUGACUUGGACAAAGCCGGUGUUGAAGUCUCGGUUGAAGAGACUUUUUGAUCGGAAAAAUCAUAACAAUUCAGAGAAACUUGUUGAUGGAUCAGAAUUGGAACCGAGUUCUGUUUGUUUGGCUAAAAUGGUUGAGAAUUUUAUGGAAGAUACUACUCCUCUUGAAAAGCCCAAAUGCAGCCGAAAUCGUUGCAAUUGUUUUAAUGGAAACAUCAAUGAUAUUUCGGAUGACGAUGAAGAAUCCGAUAUCUCUGCUUCCGAAAUUCUCAAGAGCUUGACGCCUUGUUCGAGUGUGGCUCAAAGAAACUUAUUGGCAGACACAUCGAAGCUAGUUGAGAAACACAAAGCAAUUAGUUGUAAGCGAAAAGACGAGUUAAGGAAGCUUGUAGUGGAAGGGUUGAUAUUUAUCGGUCACGAUGCUUCCAUAUGUAAAUCUCAUUGGGACAAAACUUCUUCUUAUCCGGCAGGUGAAUAUGAGUAUGUAGAUGUUAUGAUGGAAGGAGGUCAAGAAAGAGUACUAAUUGAUAUAGAUUUUAGAUCAGAAUUCGAGAUAGCUCGUCCCACAGGAACAUAUAAAGCAAUCCUUAAUUCUUUGCCCUACAUAUAUGUCGGCCAAGCCGAUCGGUUGCAACAGAUUAUAUCUAUAAUUUCUGAAGCAGCUAAACUGAGCUUGAAGAAAAAAGGAAUGCCGGUUCCACCGUGGCGGAAACCCGACUACAUGAAAUCCAAAUGGCUGUCUCCGUACACCCGAACACUCUCUCCGUCGCCGUCGAUGAUACUACUACCAAUGCCGCCGACGCCACCACCGACACCGGACUCGAAACAGAACGUAAAUGGGUCGUCUGUUUUUUCUUCACAAGAUUUUGAGUCAGAGUGUGGGGUUUUUGAAAUGAUUAUUGGAGGAGAUGAAACGACGGCGUUGGGAAAAUCCGAUGAUGGUUUUCAGUCGUCGGCAGCGUCGGUGACGUGGCAGCCGCCGGCGAUAAAACCGAGGAAUGUGGAGAGAGGGAGUAAAUUAGUGGUCACCGGAUUAGCUUCUCUCUUCAAAGAGAAAAGCAUAUGAUGGAAUAAACAAAUUUUGGAAUUAUUUUUUUCUUUU